AAACCCACGUCCUCUUCGCCUCGCGCGGGUUUUGGGAGUUUCGUCAUCAUCGUCCUCGCCGUCCUACGCGCCCUUCGUCGCCCUCGACCGUGAUUCGACAUCCUGCGGACUUUGCGUCAGGAUUCGCGUGUCGUUCAGUGCUUGUGUUCGUGUGUCUUUUCGUGUCCCGUCAUCGUCACCGUCACCGUGGUCGCAAUUCCGAUGAACGAUGGUGCACGUGACGAAGAUGACGACGGCGGACGGGCGGCUCAACCACACCUUGGCGUGCGAGCUGAGAUGGGCCCAAGUGUACGAGAUCAUGACCGCGGUGGGCCGACUGCAGUGCAAAUUGCAAGGCCUGGCCAAGAGAGCUUUGCAGAUCUUAAGUGAAUAAAAACCGCGAGAGACAAUGCCCCGCGCGCGUGCACAGUGACAGACGGGAGCGUCGCGGCGAAUUAUGAGCCUCCCUUCGAGGGGCUUCGUCAGCGCACAGGAAAGCCACGUUAUCAGCUCCUCCCCCCGUCCUCGCCCCCCGCGCUCCCCCCGGCUGGGCUGCCUCCCCCUCUCCCGCGGCUGGACUCUCCACCCCCCCGUGCGCGGCGGCUCCCCUCGGCUGAGUGUCACGCCGCCCGCGCGCCGCGCUCCGCCUCAGACAGGCCUCGGCGGCGAAGCUCAGUGCUGCCUGGUCCCCGCGCUGCCUCGGACGGGAUGUGAUGGUGUCCAAGGUGGACAUCAGUGUGGGCGCCAUGCAGCUGCCGGGGGCGGGCUCCCCCCUCACGCUCCGGCGUCGCAAGAAGUCCACGCUCAACCUGACGCGGCCCCUCAGCACCCUGCGCCACACCAUUCGCUCGUCGUUCCACUUUGACCUGCUGUCGUCGCCCACGUCGCCGGUGCGCCUCACGGAGUACUGCGAGUCGAGGAGCCCGACCAUCCCCGAGGACACACAGCCCGUGUUCCCGUGCACGGCGCCCGUGGACGUCCCGCAGGACGGCUCCUCGUCGUCGGCCUCCAGCCAUGGCCAGAGCCUCACGCCCACGUCGCUCGACUCGCCCGUGCCGAUGCUGACGUCGUCGCAUUCGCUCAACUGCUCGACGCCGCUGCCGGCGAACGGCGAGCGGGCCGAGGACGGCAUGUGGUCCUCCAUGAAGUCCCUCUCGAUCUCGCCGACCAAGUCCGACGACAUGGUGUCGCGCUCAAGGGCGCUCAGCUUCACCACGCUGCGGCGGCGGCGGAGCAGCAAGAUCCGACAGACGCGCUCCACGGAGGUGUCGCGGAGGUCAUGGGAGCUGGAGGACUGGGAGAAGGACCUCCUGGUCGUGCCCGACCAUGUGCUGUCGCGGCGCAACACGUACGCCAACGUCAGCCUGUCGUCGCUGUCGUCGACGGGGCCGCCGUCGCCCGCCGCGAACGCCAUCCCCGAGGCGCCCAACGAUUCCAGGUUCUUCCACGAAGUGUCCUACAAAAAGGCUUUGUCGACGAUGGAUGACGUUUUGGUGGAUGGGCUCAACCUCAGUAAGGCGGAUCGCAAAAAACUCGAGAAAAUUAACAAGAUUAACAUCCAUCUUCACGCUCUCUUCGCCGCGGUGGAGCACGGGCAGCUGGAGAAAGCCAGAAGUAUCCUCGACCACAACCAGCUGGACAUCAACAGCGUGAACAACGACGGAGCGAAUGUUCUAGACGUAGCAGUGAUGAACAACCACGUCGCUCUGGCAAAGAUGUUACAGCAGGCGGGCGCCAUGGAAAGCAAUGGAGGAGGCGUGGAGCGGCGCCUUCACCACCUGAACGAGCUGGUGGCGGUGGCGGAGCGACGUCGCGAGGAGCUGAACUCGGCGCUGUCCGGAGGAGCCCACGGCAGGGAGACAGAGCGGCAGAGGGUGCUUUGGGACCGGCGGGUCAAGAUGCUCAGGACCAUGAAGAUGGGACUCGAGCAGAUGAAGCCACCCAACGCGCCCAGUGCCGCCACAGUCGAGGUCAUUGACAGCACGAGAGUCAGAGUCACCUUCAGAGAGCCAGAGUCACAGCACCUCGCCAUCACUACGAAGUUCAAGGUGGAGUGGAGCGUGGACGAGUGGACGAGCGUGUCCGGGUGCCUCGAGAUCCACGACCUGCGCCGCAUGACCGCCUUCAUCGACGGCCUCGCGCAGGGACAGAGACACCACUUCCGCGUCCUGGCUGGCAACAUGAAGGACUACGGACCUCCUCUGCCGACGACGCCUCCUUCUGCCAUACCGUCGAGCUGGCGCGACAUCGACUCCCGGAAGCCCCGCCUGGACGGCCAAGUCGGGGACCUGGACAACCUCUUCAACCAGGUGUGCAACUCGCGCCCGCAACACGCCGCCGAAAUCAAGGCCAUAGAACCCGGUCUGGAGACGCCCCUCAACCUCCGGAAGGCGCAGAAGAAGAAGAGCAUCAAGAAUCUUUUCACGCCCGCGCCCAAGUUCCAUAGAAAUUUAAAGAGAGGUUCCUAUCUAGCGUGUUUAAUAUACUGCGAGGACAAAGUGCUCGUGACAACAGAAGAGUUUCCUCCGGUCGUGGAGGUCGACGACAACUACAUGAGUCAAGCGAGGUCCCAUUUUCAUUGGCUUCUGAAGGUGGCGACGACGUGGGAAGACGUUAAAUCCCUCCGGCAAGACAUGGAGCGGGCGGGGUCUGCCUCCACCGUGCCCUUCAGAAUCAAGUUACUUCAGGCUGCGGCGAACAUGCAGACGACCCUCGGCAUACAGGACCUGGGUCAGUUCCACCACAAGCCGAUCAAGGACAGCAACGGCACCUUAGUCUUCUGCACCAUCCGCCACGUGAAGUCCACCAAGGCCGUUUCUGCCAUGAAUGUGAAGUGGAUUCCGUUGGCGAAGCUGAAGGAAAAGAAGAUCACAACUUCGGGACAAGGCCUACAGUCAGGCGAACCAGGCACAUUGGCAGGGGACUUGCUGCUCUCGUCCCUCCAAGAUCUCAUCCUGUACGACCAAGUGAGCCGCGUCCCCCUUCGCCGCGGUCUGUACCUGGGCUACCUCAAACUCCAGAGCUCUGUGGAUCUGCUGCAGGUCUUGGUGCCCGAGAAGCAACCAAAUAUGUUCCCCCAUGCCAAGAUCAGGGAUAAUCCGCAUGUUUCUAGGGAAGAGUGGGAUUGGGUGCGGAGUCUCGAACUAUCCAGUGGAGACCAGUGGCACUUGUCCGCACAGACAGAACCAGCUGAGGGGGAGGAGGGGAGAACCUCCCCCCUGCCACCUGCUCCCUCGCCAGCUCAGCUCGUGUGGCACUCCCAGCUCGGCCAAGCGGCACAGCAGCUGCUCAGUCAGCUCAAUGUGGAAGGCGAGGCUCAGCAGCAGCACAGACUCUACUGCGGAGAAGUGCUGGAACUCAGCCCCGACGUGUCCCUCCUGCUGGUGAUGCCCCCCGUGGAUGCCGUGUGCUCGGCCCCGGGGCAGGAGGACGCCAUCAUGUCCCAGCCCUCGCUGACCACCAUCCCCCUGCAGAUCUUCGAGAUGAUCCACAUGGGCACGUACCAGAGGGAGCUCAUCGGGAGAUACGCCCGCCUCUCCUACAUCCUGGAAAUGGACACGCUGAUGGCCCAGCACGCCAGCCGGGAGGCCUUCAGCCAGGACGAGGUGACCUGCUCGCGGGAUCGACUGUGGCAGCUGCAGACCUUCCAGGAGCAGCUGGACGUCAUAUGGCGGGGCCUGAGGUGGGUCAUGGACGCGAUAACCUACGCUAGAGACAAAGCGGCAUCUGGUGCUCUCCUGACGACCUUGCUGUCGUGUCCUUCCCCCAGGUCCCCGUGCAUCACUCACCCCCCAGCAGUACAACAGUCGCCCUCACACCUGCCUGCUGCCAAGUCAUCCUCGCAGGACACCCACAGCUCGAGUGAGUCCCUCCAGCACGGUGCAGACAGCAAAAGACUCAGAAAAGAUGACGACCUCAACUUCAGCAUAAAGAAAUCCGAUGCUCCUAGAAUGCUAAAGUCAAAUACCUCAGAAAACAUUAGAGCAGCAGUGAAAUGCGAUUCAAGGUUUCACAAGUCAAAGACAGCUGAGUGCUUAGUUCAUAGUAGUGGCUGUGUACAGAGUUGCGGCAAGUCAUUCACUUCUCUGAAUGACUGCAUGUUAGACAGUGAAGAACAGAACGAAAAUGUGCCCCUGCUCUCGUGGAACGGGGAGAAGUUGCAGUUUAGUGGCGAGAGGAAAAUGUACAGUAAAGACCUCCCAACGUCUAGAAGUGAAAACCAUUUACAACACUGUGUAGAUCCGGGUUACCCUCCGAGAAAGGCCAGUGCUCCUGCGUUUUACGAUACUCACGAGGGAUGCCUCAAAUCCAAGUGCUGUAAUAGUGAACCAAAAAUCAAUCACCAGAGCUCGUCGUCGUUAGAAUCGGUCGAACAAGGUAAGCGAAAGAAAAACAGUUGUGCGAGCAUCGAGUACGAGGAGACGAUGGCCAGCAGUAAGUCUCCCACGAGCAGUUGUUACGACCUCCACCAGCGGUACGGGAGUAACUUAAAUGUUGAAAUCCAGCGAGCAGGCAGUAGCCUCAGUCACGACUCCGAAGCCUCUUUCUCUAGCAUGACGGCCAGUUUACGUUCCUUGUCCUCGAACGAGACGGAAACGGACACCCUGAGUCUCAUGAGCAAAGAGAGCGGGAGGAGUGAGGCGAGCGAGGCGAAGAGCACGGAGGGGGAGGAGCUGGUGGAGGGGGCCGUGCGGAGCGAAGAGCCCGCCAUCAUCCAGGUGUACGCCGCGUACGAGACGGGCCUGGCCUCCGGCACCUCGGUCAAGCUGCACAUCACGCCCAGAACGACCGCUCGGGAAGUGAUAGACUUGGUGGUGAAACAGCUGAACAUGGCGGUGGUGUUGAAGGGGCGGGGCGGACCCAUCUAUGGCAACGAAAGGCUCAAAGACUUCUGUUUAGUGGCUGUGAUUGGUAUACGGGAGAGGUGUCUUCGAGACGAUUUCAGGCCACUCCAGCUGCAGAAUCCCUGGAAAAGAGGAAAGUUAUACGUGCGGCUGAAACACGACGUGCUCGCCGCCCUGGAGCAAAGUAACUCCAGACACUCCGCGUAUCUGUAAGACCCAAUUUCACUGUACAUUCCACUGUACAUGCAUACACGCAUUGCCAUUCUAUCCUUCAGACACUUUAUAUUCAGGAAGGCCAUACUCCUUCAUUAGAAAAAAAAAAUCAUACUUCACAUUAUUCCUAAUGAACAUACAUGGAAGAAGAAAAAAAAGCUGAAUUAGUCUAUAGAUACAACAAUGUCGAAUAGUCCAAUAGAUAAACACGAUAGAUGUUUUGUGCAAGUUGAUUUCGAAAUGCUUCUUUUAAUCCAAGAGUAUUUAUUAAGUAUCAUUUCACUCCGACGUCUUCAGGAGAGACUCUCAUUCACGUGUUUCUAGCCCCCACCCCCCUUAACAUAAAAGGAAGAACAGCAGGAUGAGUCCGAGAUAAAGUAAUCAAGAGUGCAUAGUUUUCUGUCACUCCUUGGGUCUAGCCGAAGGCCACAUACCUCAUAGAGAAGUCAGUAUCAGAUGCAAAGAAACAUUCAUGUCAGGUAUUUCUGUAUAGCUCAUGCACACGUAAAUGUAGGUGACAAUAGAUGACGUAUUGCGUAAUGCAGGAAAUCUGUUGUUUCAUUCCACAGUAAAUUAUAACAAUUUUAAAAAAGGAUAUGUAUGACAUUUUAUAAGACCUUGAGUUAACGAAGAGCACAAAUAAUAUUUAACCCACUAAGUACUAGGAGCUAGCUGUACAUUAUGCAAGAAUAACGUCAAUAGUGGGAGAUAACUAGAUAUAUACGCUUCUUUGGAGUCCUCAGAGUCAAUGCAAAUCAUUAAAAAGAGAAAAAAAAUUAUAGAUAAACGUUAUACAGUAUUUCUGAUAAACUGAUGCUCAAUAUGUGAACCCUGUUGUCGUUUCAGUAUAUAAGUUAUUUUCAUAUAGAAUGACACUUACAUGAGUUGUUUUAGCCAUGUAUUGAAAUCUGCCAUAGUUUUCGAGGCACAAGACGCCAACCAUUUGGAAAUUUCGAACUGAGCAACGAUUUUGCUAUCCAAUGAAUGAGUUUGAUUUCGAACAUCGAGACGCAUCAAAAUUAAGAGUAUAUAUUUAUAAAAAGAAUGUAAUUAUUUGUGUCCAGCUCCCUUCGUUUUUCACUUAUUGAUUGAUGUUUUUAUCAUUUGUUUUCAUCAUCAUCGUCAUCCCAGUGAAUUUAAAGUCCAAGAUAUGAAUUGUGAGUAAGCGAAAAUGCCAAAAUUUCAUAAGGAAACCAGUGUUUUAUGUAUUUUAUCCUUUUCAGUCAUGUUUGGAAACGUGCUAUGUGCUUAAUUCAAGGUGUUUUGUUACAUGUACAGAAGACAGUAUACAAUUAUUUCGGGUGAUGUGUAUGCUUCAUUGUAUGGUUCAUCAUUGUAUUUAUACAUUGAUACUAUUUUGUAUUUUCUAUUCAAUAGUGAAAUUUGUUACCUCUAAAAGGAGCGAAACUGUUUCAAAUAUUGAUUACUAUAAGAAAAAAACGAAACUUUUAAAUACUGAUACUAUAAAAAACGAUACUUUUAAAUAUUGAUACUAUGUUGAUCAUAAAAUAUUAAUGAUUUGAAAACAGAUAAUCUCAAAUCAGUAUUUUUAAUCUUUUUUAUGUGAACACCUGACAGUUUUUUAUCACAGCUGGAACUCGGAGAAAACCUCUACUGACUUUACACUGCAUUAUGAUUUUCUCUCUCUCUCUCUCUCUCUCUCUCUCUCUCUCUCUUCUCUCUCUCCUCUCUCUCUCUCUCUUCUCUCUUCUCUCUCUCUCUCUCUCUCUCUCUCUCUCUCUCUCCUCAACUCCAUCCCUCAAUCUAUCUAUCUAUCUGUCAAUCUAUCUAUCUGCCUUCCUAUCUAUAGAAAUAACCGCGUAUCACACAUGCAUAUUAAACCAAUUGUUCAAACGUAUCUUAUUCCCACUAAACAAAUUUGUUGGAACAGAGUGACAUCAUCCAUUUAAACUCCAGAAACAGGGUUUUACUUGUGACUUCUUCGUUAUUCAAUCAGCAUUAUUAUGAACACUUUGAACAAAAUUGUCCCCAGUGACUUAUAGACACAAUGAAGGAGUUUUUUCACAUCUCUUCUUCAAUGUUUUUUUUCAUUUUUGCCAUCCUUUUCUUUCUUUCUCUCUCUCAAAACAUUACGCCUAUGCCCUACUGUACACUCAACUAUAGAAUUGGCAAAUUCACACCCAUUUCAUAUCAUCAAUUAAUAUUAAAUAGUGUGGCAAGAAGACGAUAAAAAUGAAAUAUUGAUAAAAAAAGAGAAGAGAAUGGAUUUAUACUUGUGGAGUUAAUUGUAUUUAUAUAUAUUGUACAAACGGAUUAUUUUAGUAGAUUAACUAUUUAAUGUGAUGUUAAGUGGACCAAAGCCUUUUGCCACGACACCCUUGGCUUUCACUGCACGUAACCUGAAUAUGUUGUCAGCUAGAGACGAAGAAGAGGAAGAAGAAGAAGAAGAAGAAAAACAAAGAAUGAAGUGCUGUUAUAUUAUUUGCAAUGUUGUGUAAAUUAUACAUAUGUACCUUGUAUAUGGCAUACCAAAUUAUGUAAAUAUUAAAUAGUACAAGUAUAUUUGAUGUUCAAAUAAAAAUAAUUUAUCUGA